UCCAAUCACUCCGACUUACGUGCAUCAAUAAGAUCACGCGGGAGCGCCGGGACUGCGAGUGUCCCUCGGCAGCGCAUCCCACGAUCCCUCCCUCCUUGGAUCGACUCUUACGAAGUGGGAUAUGGGACACCAACCGAGGAACAGAUCCGCGCAUUGAACCCUCCUCCUCCUCGUGCGCUCCCGCCACAACACAACCACGCUCCGAGCGCGCCGCAGCGGCGCGUGUCAAAGGAUGGCUUCGUUGACAUGGGCCAAGGAGGCGGCGGAAACGAUAGGGAUAAGGGGGCGAGGGCCAAGUUGCUUCGGCUUCUGAGACGAAGAAACGCCGCCGAGCGCGGGAGGAAAUGGGACCAUCUGCGCUCUGCAGAGCCCGUCAUCGUGCACCGCUUCAGCCGGGCGACGCCAAACUCUCCGUGGAGGAGUUUUGUGCAGUCUUCUCGGUACGGCCACUUGCCCAACGAGGAGUCCCAGAUCAUCGACCCCGAGACGCUGGAUAAGCUGCAGCCGUACUUCAACAACCCUGUCGACCUCCCGCCGCUCGAAGAGACGCCUCGAUCUAGGGCCGCGCGGACCAGGGCGCUCUACAAGCGAGUGUGGCAAGUUGUUCUCAGGCAUCCUUUGGUCCCCCUGGCCUUCCGUCUCAUGGUACUCCUCACGUCCAUAGUGGCACUUGCCUUAUCGGUGCGCAUCUUCCAGAGAGAGGGCGACGAAGGCAACACCAAUACGUCUGAGAGGACGCAGUCGAUCGUGGCAAUUGUCGUCGAUACAGUGGCGAUACCGUAUAUCGGCUACAUGACGUGGGACGAGUACACGGGGAAACCUCUAGGGUUGCGGCUCGCUACGGAGAAGAUCUCGCUCGUUUUGAUGGACCUCUUUUUCAUCAUCUUCAAAUCUGCAAGCACAACAUUGGCAUUUGAGGCCUUGGUCUACCACAACGCAAGAGAUCAAGAGUCUAAAAAAUUCAGCCAGGCGCUCGCAGCGUUCCAGACAAUGGGUUUGAUCUCGUGGAGUCUGACAUUCACGGUGAAUGUCUUUCGGCUUGUUCAGAAACUUGGCGGGGGCGAC